CCGAAACGUACCAGCCGGCUAGAGUAUGCUAGCUAUAAACUACGGAUGACACAUCUCGUUUCUGGUUUCAGGUUUUGAUGCAAAGCGUAUCUUUGGAGACACCUCAAUCAAGUUCUUGGAGACAUUCUGUUAGAGCACAGACUACCCAUCGGCUAGAAACGGAGCUAAAGCCAAAUUCUUGGCCCACUUUAGUCUUAGCCACAGAUUUAUCCCGGUGGGUAGUUUGUGCUCUUAUCAAUCUCUUUCCCACCGUUCUCACCGUCGGCCCAAAAUACUGACCAUGGUGGAAAACCCUCCUUCGGUUGCGUCCCUCGCUGUGCACCCGGCACUCCUUCACAUCAUCCAGAACGUCCUGCAACUGCAAGGACCCAACUAUGAAAACCUUGACGACCUCUACGAUGUGUUCGUGGCGCUCCAUGAAAACGCCAUCUUCACGCCAAUGGACCUGGCCCAACUCAGCAAGAAAGACUUACAGAAGCUUGGAUUGAAAAUAGGACACAAGAACAAAAUCCAAACAUUUGCGAGUUGGAUUCGUAGUAUGCCGAGGAAUGCCAAGCCAGGCACAGUUAAGCCGACCAUUGUCAAGCCCUCGACUCUUGAGGACUACAUGAAGCUGUCGAAUGAUGACUUUGAAAGCUAUAGGUACCUUUGUGACUCGAAAUCUGAAUCAACUCGUUCCUCGAGCGCCGAGUCUCGAUCGCGUUGCACCCAAAAGAAAGACCCCGCAAGAGCUCCCAAUGGUCACGAAGACGAUGAGCCACAGGCUGAAGAGCCCAUUAUAGGAAGAAACAUUCAUUUUACUGAGAUUCCCAUGCCCAAGGAUGAAGCAUCGAAAGACACUGAUGUAGGCAAAACAGAUGUCACUCUCGAGGCCGGGGCGGACCAACAAUGGCCUUGCAAGAUGCUCAGCAGUGUUGCCAACGAUCCUCCCUUGUCUCAUGGUGAAGUUGCUAUUGAUAAAGUUGGUACAGCUGAAAAUAUUGCGCUUGCAGCAGCUGCUGAUGGUGCCCUUGUUCUUGUCCCGAGAAUAAGGGGGCAGACGCUUCCAAAUGCUCAAAACCUGUUUGAGGACGAUUUGACCCUAAACCAAGAGGGAAGCGUCAAGGCGCCUGACAUUGAAGUUGGUCAUCCAACUCCUGAAGUGCAGGGUGCUGAUGUUCCUGAAGUCAAAGAUGCUGGAGGGAAAUCAUUGACUGACGAUGUGAACAAGGUUGAAGACGUCCCUGCGGCUGAACACGGCGACAAAGUUGGGCAAGGUCCUGGUCCCGUCUUGAACAUGCACAAGGCCGUGGCCAAAACCCAUUCGACGGCUCCAGCCAAAGCCAAUCCAAAGGCUCCAGCCAAAAGUAAAAGCCAUUACACCGCUCAACCCGUGGCUAAAACCGAUUCUUCCACGGCUUCAGCCAAAGCCAAUCCAAUGCCUCCAGCCAAAAGUAAAAGCUAUUACACCGCACAACCCGUGGCCAAAACCGAUUCCACGGCUUCAGCCAAAGCCAAUCCAAAGGCUCCAGCCGUGGCAAAACCCAUGAUGACCGGUACAGCGUACGCCAUAAGAGUGCUGGAAUAG